ACAAAGAACUUCCUUUGAAGGCAACCAACAAAAAUGAAAACUGAAAUUCUUAAAGUUUUAAACCUGAAAAAAUUCUUUCAAAUGAUUAAUAAUAAUGCAACAAAAAUUGAUUUUACUUUAUUGAAACCUAGUCAGGUAUUAAUGAAAAAUAUCCAUGUGAAUUGGCUCCGGUUCACAUUAGGCAAAACACAGAAACACAUGCCAGUUUAUUUGAAUAGAAAAACAUUUGAGUUAUGUGAUAAGAAUAUACCAUUUGGUUUUAUAACAAUUGAUAAACAAUCUACCGAAAUACUAACUCACAACCUAAGAAGUGUUUAUCCAGAAGAAACUUCUAAAUUAGCACUAAACAUAAUUAUACCCCAAAAAGACAUAAUGAAAAAUUUUAUUCAAUGGCAACGUUAUAGGAAAUACUGGUGGAGUUCUAUAACCACAACACCCAGCUUGUUUAGCAUAAAUGACAUGAAGUUGGAAAAUAAUGAAGCCAAUGUUGAUAUAUUAGCAAAAUUUCCUUUUGGAUCAUUUCCUGUUGAAAGAAUUACUAUUACAUGCGAUGAUAAUGAAAGUAACAAUUAUCGCCUCAGUUGUACCAUGUCAUUAGAAAAUGCUCUAUUUAUAAUACUCCUUGAUGGGUUAAGUAAUUACUCAAAAGAAGAAUAUUUGAGACUUCACCGAAAAAUCACACCAUAUAAGAUUGCCUUUGGUUUCAAUUUUGAAGAUAACAAAAAUAAGGAACGAUUGAGUAAACUCGUUCAGGUAUUGUUCAACAAAUUGGAGGGAAACCAAAUUGCUGCAUUGUUACCUUCAAUCCCAAUGAGUCUAGAUUCUCAGAUCAAAGAAAAUCUUCAAAUGGGCGUGACCUAUACUGCUAUUGUCGAUGAAACAACCUUAGAAAAUGGUAUAUUCCAAUUACUGAACAGCAGCACAAUGUUGAAGGAACAAGUUCACGUUGCUGACUUCCAUGAAUAUGCGUCAAGUUUAUUCAACUACUAAAUAUGUAUUUAUCGGAAAUUACGUUUAUAGUAAAAAAUGUCUUUAUAGUUAUUGAAUUUGUUAUAACUAAUAGACUAGAUGGCAUA